AUGGAUAUCUCCAAGCCCGUUGGUUCGGAAAUCACAUCAGUUGAUUUUGGUGUGCUAUCAGAUGCGGAAAUACAAAAAUUAUCAGCCAAGCAAAUAUCCAACCCCAUCGUCUUUGACAAUUUGGGACAUCCAGUAAAUGGUGGUCUCUACGAUCUUUCACUUGGUGCCUUUUUGAGAAAUGUUUGUGCUACUUGUGGGUUGGAUGAAAAGUUUUGUCCUGGACACAUGGGUCACAUUGAUUUACCUGUGCCUGUUUACAACCCUAUGUUUUUCAACCAACUAUAUAUAUUCUUAAGAAGUUCAUGUUUAUACUGUCAUCACUUCAAAAUGAAUUGGCUUGAGGUAAACCUUUUCAAGUGCAAAUUACAACUUAUCCAAUAUGGUUUGUUGUUGGAAUGUGUAGAAUUGGAAAAUAUUUUGCCCUCUGGAAAAUCAACAAAAGGAAGUAUUGAUGAAGUUGAGGAAGCAGAGGAGGGCGAAGGAGAAGAAGAUGUGACAGGGGAUGAAAAGACCAGAAGAGAGUUGAUGGAAAAGAGAGAACAAUUUGUGAAAAAUGCCAUUGCUGAUGCAUUGCGAGAUGGUAGAACAACCCCUAAAGGUGUCAUUACUGCAUCAGUUGGUGAAGAAAGAAAAGCAGUCAUUCACGAUUUUUACAAAAGAUUACUUGCCAGACCAAAAUGUAGCAACUGUGGCAUGUACUCGCCAAGCUUUAGGAAAGAUGGGUUCACCAAAAUCUUUGAGAAUGCAUUGAAUGAUAAACAAGUCUCAAACAAUAGAGUUAAAGGCUUACAGCGACUCGAUAUGAUUAGAUCUAGCUCUGUUGGAAAAGAAGCUGUAAAAAAAGCUUCUAAUGCUAGUGAUAUACCAAACAUUAAGCACAAGGGUGGAUCUAAGUACAUGCUUGCAUCUGAAGUUAGAAAUAUCAUGAGGGCAGUAUUUGAAAAAGAGCAAGCUGUUUUGCAAAAAGUUUUCCAUUCUAGACCUUAUCAACAUGAACUUAUUAAAGGAGACAUUUUCUUUAAACAAGCACUUGUUGUGCCACCAACCAGAUUCAGAUUGCCUUCUAAAUUAGGAGACCAGAUCCAUGAGAAUGCUCAAAAUGAGUCUCUCUCAAACAUUUUGAAAACUUCGGCACUUAUUAGAAACUUGAACGGUCAAAUCUCACAAAUGUACAAGGAUAAGAUCAGCGGGGAGCAGAAGAAAAUUUUGUUCAAUAGACUCAUGAACUCGUUUGUUACUUUGCAAAAUGAUGUUAAUGCAUUUAUUGACGCUACAAAGAACCAGAAUGCACCAGCCGGGAAAGUACCUAAUCCUGGUAUCAAACAAGAUUUGGAAAAGAAAGAAGGUUUGUUUAGAAAGCAUAUGAUGGGUAAGAGAGUUAAUUAUGCAGCCCGUUCCGUUAUCUCACCAGAUCCAAACCUUGAGACCAAUGAAAUUGGUGUCCCACCGGUGUUUGCCAAAAAAUUGACAUACCCCGAGCCUGUAACGGCACAUAAUGCUGCAGAAUUAAGACAAGCAGUCAUUAAUGGUCCGGACGUUUGGCCCGGUGCAGUUCAGAUCCAGAAUGAGGAUGGUAAGCUUAUCAAUUUGACAGGAAUGAGUGUUGAGCAAAGAAAAGCUUUGGCAAACCAGCUUUUGACACCCUCUGGUAAUGCUCCAAUUGUAGGUAAAAAAGUUUACAGACACGUUAAGAAUAAGGACGUGGUGAUUAUGAAUCGUCAACCAACAUUGCAUAAAGCUUCGAUGAUGGGUCACAAGGUUAGAGUCUUGCCAGGUGAAAAGACAUUGAGAUUGCACUAUGCAAACACCGGUGCUUAUAAUGCCGAUUUCGAUGGUGACGAAAUGAAUAUGCACUUUCCACAAAAUGAAAAUGCCAAAGCCGAAGCCUUGAACUUGGCAAACACUGAUAGCCAGUAUCUCACUCCUACUUCGGGUGCUCCUUUGAGAGGUUUAAUUCAAGACCAUAUCUCUGCAGGUAUCUGGCUCACAAGCAAAGAUUCAUUCUUUGAUCGAGAUACUUAUCAUCAACUAAUCUAUGGUUGUAUCAGGCCAGAAGAUGGUCAUACAACACGUAACAGAAUUAUCACUGUUCCACCAGCUGUAUUUAAGCCACAAUUUUUGUGGACUGGUAAACAAGUUAUUACCACAAUUCUUCUCAAUAUCAAGCCUAAUAAUGUUCCCGGUGUCAACUUGAUCUCUAAGAAUAAGGUCAAGAGUGAGUAUUGGAGCAAGGAUAGUACUGAAAAUGAAGUCAUUUUCAAAAAUGGUGAAUUGUUGUGCGGUAUUUUGGACAAGUCCCAAUAUGGUGCUUCACAGUAUGGUAUUGUCCACUCUUUACAUGAAGUUUAUGGGCCCGAUGUUGCAGGAAAAGCAUUGAGUGUGUUGGGUAGAUUGUUUACCAAUUUCAACACCAUGUAUGCAUUGACAUGUGGUAUGGAUGACUUGAGAUUGACCGAAGAAGGUAAUGCAUGGAGAAACGAUAUUUUGAAACAGUCUGUUGAUAUUGGUAGAGUAGCAGCAACCGAAGUAACAAAUUUGCUGCAGGAUACUCCAAAUGAAGACAAGGAGUUGAGAAGAAGACUUGAAGAGAUUUUGAGAGAUGACUCCAAAUUGGGUAUUCUUGAUGCUAUUACACAAUCCAAGGUCAACACCAUUACCUCGCAAGUUGUUUCCAAGUGUGUUCCCGAUGGUACAAUGAAAAAGUUCCCUUACAAUGCGAUGCAAGCAAUGGCCUUGUCUGGUGCCAAGGGUUCGAAUGUCAAUGUUUCUCAAAUUAUGUGUCUUUUGGGUCAACAAGCCUUGGAAGGUAGAAGAGUACCGGUGAUGGUUUCUGGAAAGACGUUGCCUUCAUUUAAGUCAUUUGAGACCGAUGCUAGAGCAGGUGGUUACAUCAAGCAAAGAUUCUAUUCUGGUAUCAGGCCACAGGAGUAUUAUUUCCAUUGUAUGGCAGGUAGAGAAGGUUUGAUUGAUACUGCUGUGAAAACUUCGAGAUCGGGUUACUUGCAGCGUUGUUUAACUAAACAAUUGGAAGGUGUGCACGUCAACUACGACAACUCGGUGAGAGAUGGUGACGGUACCAUGAUCCAAUUCUUGUAUGGUGGUGAUUCCAUCGACACUACCAAGAAAUCUCACAUGAACCAAUUCAACUUUUGUUUGGAAAACUACGAUGCAUUAUUAGCCAAAUACAAUCCUGGUGAUAUGGUGGAUAAUUUGGAUACUACUGAAGCUUUGUCGUACUCUAAGAAGGUGAGAAAGUCAUUGAAGAAGCAACAAAACAUUCCGCAUUAUGAGCAAACAAUAAAAUACGACCCAGUGCUAAAUGUCUACAACCCAUCUAAAUAUCUUGGUUCUGUCUCAGAAAAAUUCCAAGAGAAUCUUGAGGCAUUUGUGGACAAGAACCCAAAUUUGUUUGCUCAAAGCAAGGAAGAGGCCAAGACCACUAAUAAGUUAACAGAGAAGAAGUUUAGAGCUUUGAUGCAAUUGAAAUAUAUGAGGUCCUUGGUGAAUCCCGGUGAGUCUGUUGGUAUUAUUGCGUCUCAAUCUAUCGGUGAGCCCUCUACUCAAAUGACGUUGAAUACAUUCCAUUUUGCAGGACACGGUGCUGCAAAUGUCACUUUGGGUAUUCCUCGUAUGAGAGAAAUUAUUAUGACUGCUUCAGCUUCGAUCAAGACGCCCCAGAUGACAUUGCCAAUCUUGAACGACGUUACUGAUGAACAAGCUGAUGCAUUUUGUAAAUCGAUUGCAAGAGUCGUUAUGUCUGAGUUUGUUGAUAAUGUCACUGUUACUGAAACCACUUCACAAGAUGCUAAUGGUUCAAACAGUCGAUCAUACAUUAUUCGCUUGAACUUUUACACUAAAGACGAGUACGAAGCAGAGUACGACAUUAGUCAAGAACAAUUGGAACAAGUUGUUACUAGUACUUUUAUCCAUGCAUUGGAAGCGCAAAUCGUCAAGGAAGUGAAGAAGCAAAAGAAGCCUGAAUACAUGCCAACUGUUGGUAAAUCAGCAGGCAAGACCGAUAUGGAGACUGUAAGUGGUAAGAUUAAAGAAUUGAGUGAUGGUGAAGAUGAGGAUAACGAGGAUGAAGAUGAAGAUGCAGAAGAAGAAGGGUUGAAGAAUAAAAAGAAACAACAGGUGUCAUACGAUGGUCCAGAUGAUGAUGAAGUUGAGACCAUGAAGAGGGCUGAAGAGACCAGUGAUGAAGAAAUGGACGAAGGUGACACUUCUUCGUCUGAUUCCGACUCUGACUCUGACUCUGAUUCUGACUCUGAUUCCGAGGAUGUUGAUAUGGACAAGGACAACAAGAAAAAUGAGUUGUCACGUCAAGCUAAAGAUCGUCAGGCUGAAGUUAUUGCUCAACACAACAUGGUUGCGCAAUUCAAUUUUGAUGACGACAAUGGGGAAUGGUGUGAGUUUAAGCUUGAGCUCAAUGGUAAUGAGACUCAAAAGUUGUUGAUGGUCAAUAUUGUUGAGGAAUUGUUGCGUAAAACCGUUGUGCGUGAAAUUCCACAUAUCGGAAGAUGUUUGCGCCCCGAGCCCGAUGCGGCAACUGGUAAACGUGUGCUCACCACUGAAGGUGUCAAUUUCAGAGCCAUGUGGGACCAAGAUGAUUUCAUCAAUGUUAAUGCCAUUACUUCGAAUGACAUUGCUUCCGUGUUGCGCACGUAUGGUGUUGAAGCCGCAAGAAACACUAUUGUGAAUGAGAUUUACCGAGUGUUUGACACUUAUGGUAUCAGUGUGUCGCCACAUCAUUUAGAGUUGAUUGCAGACAUGAUGACUCGUGAAGGUUCAUACUUGGCCUUCAAUAGACAAGGUAUUGAUUCCUCAACAUCGAGUUUCAUGAAGAUGUCUUAUGAAACCACAUGUCAGUUCUUAACAAAGGCUGUCUUAGAUGGCGAUCGUGAAGAGUUGGAGAGUCCUUCGGCAAAGAUUGUUAUGGGUAAAUUGUCAAAUGUUGGUACUGGUUCCUUUGACGUUUUUGCUCAAAUGCCAAAAAUCGAACAGUAA